AAAAAGGGAGGGGCAGAGUGGUGAUUAGGGAACUAACCUGAUGAAAAUAUUCGGCGAGAUCUACCUUAAAAUAAUAAACACUUUUGUUACUUUUCGUUUGUCUGAGACUUACUGGCUUUUAAAAUGUUAUUGGUGAUUAUAUAGCGAAGAUGUAUUUCACAUUUGGGUGAUGGGUUUGAUUUCGAGUGCUGUUAUCUCGGACAUUCGUAUUUUGUAAACUGUGGCUAACUUAUCGUAUUAAAUAAUAACAAAAGCUAAAAACAUGGGGAAAUAUCUGAGGAUUUGCAUGGCCUCGGAUUUUUUCUAUCCCAAUAUCGGCGGCGUGGAAGAACAUAUAUACAAUUUGUCCCAGUGUCUGCUCCAAAUGGGUUACAAAGUAAUCGUUGUAACGCACAGUUACAAGGACCUCGUGGGAGUUAAAUAUUUCACAAACGGACUCAAAGUUUUUUACCUUCCUAUUGUAACAUUUUAUAACGGUUGUGUUCUGCCGACAAUGUUCGCUUCUCUCCCUCUCAUUAGGAACGUACUCUUAAAGGAGAGAAUUGACAUUGUCCACGGUCAUUCUGCCUUCUCGGCGAUCGCACACGAAGUUAUGAUCAUUGGGAAACUUCUCGGCUUGAAGACCGUCUUCACUGACCACUCUCUUUUUGGAUUUGCCGACACUUCUGCAAUAAUAACAAACAAGUUUCUACAGAUAAGCCUUGCCAAUGUUGAUCAUUGCAUUUGUGUUUCACAUAUUGGGAAAGAAAAUACUGUACUGAGAGCUAAAGUAAAUCAUACGAGGGUGAGUGUCAUACCCAAUGCUAUCGACACAAAAUUAUUUUUUCCAGACGAAUCGUCAAGAAUGCAAAACCGAAUUGUUGUUGUGAGUAUAGCGAGAUUGGUGUACAGGAAAGGGAUAGAUCUCCUUGCACAGAUUAUUGUUGACAUGUGUGCUAAAUAUGCCAAUAUACAUUUUGUGAUUGGAGGCUCAGGACCGAAGAUGACUCUUUUAGAAGAGGUUGUGAGUAGGCAUGGCCUGAAGGACAGAGUCGAACUGUUAGGUGCGAUCGACCAUCGGGAUGUCUGCUCCGUCUUGAACAGGGGACAUAUAUUCCUCAAUUGUUCCCUCACCGAGGCAUAUUGCAUGGCGAUAGUUGAAGCGUUCGCCUGUGGGCUGCAGGUCGUCUGCACCAAGGUCGGCGGGAUACCCGAGGUGCUGAGGCCAGACCUCAUCUACCUCCGUGAACCUUCAGUUCCAGCCUUAAUCAACGGUUUAGAAUGCGCGAUGGCUGAUCUUAAAUCCGGAAAGUUGCCUCCCGCAGAAGAUGCACAUAAAAUGGUCGAACAGGCGUACAACUGGCACAAUAUCACACAGCGAACAGAAAUUGUAUACAAAUCUAUUCUUGAUUUGUCUCAUCCCACCCUUGGCCAACAGUUGAGAAAAAAAUUGACAGAGCAAGAGACUAUGUAAAAAGAUAAGUAUUUUUUAUCGAAAUCAUAGGUUUUCUUCUUAAUUGUAUCAUAACUUUGUUAAUAGAAUGUACAAUAAAAUAUGAGGGUCGACUUUAGCUAAUUAAUCUUUGUUCUUUUGUAUAUUUGUUAUAAUGUUUGUAAAGAAUAUAUGUAUUUUCUGAA